AUGUCUAUCCACCAGUCUCAUAGCACCUCCACUGUCAACCUCAAUGGCCGGACCCACACCAGCGCAGAGAAGGAGAAGCAGCCUGCAGCGCCUCCUAAGCCGUUCUCUAAUGAAUUCACCGAUAAGGAGAUCGCAGCACAGAGGAAGGAGUACAUCAAGGCUCUAGUCAUCGGGUGUUUUUCCAUGGUUAUAUUGCUGUUUGGUGUCUUCUCGAUAUACUGGGGCGCUUUGUGGAAGAUACCUGAUCACAAGCUACCUGGAUGGGUCGUAGAUUUCGAUGGAUCCACAAUCGGUAGUAACGUCACUAGCACCCUCUUAGCAGAUGUUGCCUCCACCUCGAGGGUUUCUUGGACACAGCGCCCUGCGUCAGACUUUUCAGGCCCGGCCGACGUGGGGGAUCAUGUGGUAGACCAAAGAGCCUGGGUGGCCGUUGUCAUUCAUGCCAACGCUACUUCAUCCCUCAACGCCGCGGUAUCCUCUCCCAGUUCUUCGUAUAACGGCUCAACGGCAGUCACCGUGUACGUCGUGGAAGCACGGAAUGAGAAUGCAUUCCGUUCGCUCAUGCGACCUUAUAUCAUGACGACUAUGGACACUUUCUCUCAGAACUUCGCCCAGUGGUUCGGGACUCAGCUCGCUGCAUCUGAAUCAUCGGACACCUUGGUUUCGAUCCUCCAAACUGCGCCACAAAUUAUUACUGAGCCUGUCAGUUACACGAUCGACAACCUGCGCCCAUUCAAUUUACCUGUGGCGAGUGCUAUUACCUUCGUUGGCCUUAUCUAUCUUCUGGUUCUGUGCUACUUCGUCGUGCUGAUCGGCGGCGCAGCUCGUAUGACCUCCGGGAUCGAAAUGAAAUUGACGACGAAAUCGCUCAUCAAAGUCCGCUUGUACUCGACCAUCGCGUUGUACUUCAUGAUCUCCAUCUUCUACUCCACCUUGAGCAGGGCCUUCCAAGCAGACUUUAACACCAAGUUCGGCCGUGCAGGGUUUAUCAUCUUCUGGAUGCUCAACUUUGUCGGCAUGCUGGCUGUUGGACUCGCGCUCGAGGCUAUGAUCACCUUCUUGACGCCCAAGUACAUGCCAUUCUUCAUUAUCUUAUGGAUCAUCAGUAACGUGGCGGUGUGCUUCAUGCCCAUCGAGGUUCUCCCGCACUUCUACCGCUACGGUUACGCGUUCCCGUUCUACAACGUCUCCGGCGCUGUCAGGACCAUUCUUUUCGGAACGAAGAAUCAACUUGGACUCCAUUUCGGUGUUCUCAUCGCUUGGACCAUCAUCUCUCUCUUCACCCUCCCGCUCGCUCAAUGGAAUGCAAGACGCUUGAUGGCUAAUGCCGCCGCUGCUGCUCAAGCCGAAGAAAAGGGGAAGAAUUGA